GAGAAAAAUCCACCCCUCGCAUUUGCAACGCCCACAAACCGCCGAAGAAAGGAAGAGAAAGGGGCGCCGCGAGUCCACGCGACGAUGGAGAACGCCGCUCCUCCUCCCGCCGCCGCGAAGCCGUCGCUGUCCAAGAAGCCCUCGCCGUCGUUCCGCCUCCGGAACGGCAGCCUCAACGCACUGCGCCUGCGCCGCGUGUUCGACCUCUUCGACCGCAACGGCGACGGCGAGAUCACCCUCGACGAGAUGGCCUCGGCGCUCGACGCGCUCGGCCUCGGCGCCGACCGCUCCGGCCUGGAGGCCGCCGUCGGGGGCUACAUCCCGGCCGGCGCCGCGGGGCUCCGCUUCGACGACUUCGAGUCCCUCCACCGCGCGCUCGGGGACGCGCUGUUCGGCCCCAUCCCGGAGGAGGUGCCCGAGGAGGACGACGAGGGGGACAUGAAGGAGGCCUUCCGCGUGUUCGACGAGAACGGCGACGGCUACAUCUCCGCCGCCGAGCUCCAGGCCGUGCUCAAGAAGCUCGGCCUGCCAGAGGCGCGGAACCUGGCCACGGUGCAGGAGAUGAUCUGCAACGUCGACGCCGACCGCGACGGCCGCGUCGACUUCAGCGAGUUCAAGAACAUGAUGCAGGGGAUCACCGUGUGGGGCGCCUAGCUGCAGCACUCCUGCGUCGUGUUGCCAUGUAUGUUCUGGAGCAUCUAAAGACUGGAGGAGCAACCACAAGAUCAGUAACUUGUGCCAAGUUUUCAAGUACUAUGGGUUGUGUUAGUUUGGUAGCUUGGGAAUUAAUCAUGUGUGUAUCGUCAGAAUGCAGUUGAUGACUCGUUAUUUCAGUGUGUUCUAAGUUCUAACUGUUGUGGUUAUCUCCCCCAAUGAUGUAGGUACUGCACUUCUGUCGUGCGUCCAAUGCUCUAAUAAGCUUUCUGAACAUUAGACAUCCAGUUUAUCUAUCAACUGAAUUAUUAUGAACAUGCUGAUUUCUGCUA